GCCUAUGACCCUCUCUCCUUCUUCUCUCUGGUAAUAGGAAACAAAUAUUUUGCAAAGGACGUGCUAUACUUUUUCUGACAAUGUGUUAACAGCAAGAUUAUUUUUUUCAAAAAUGACAUUGAUAAAGCAUUUUAUAUUAAUUCAAUUAAUACGAAGAAGCGGUUUGUUACCUGCGACGUUUGCACGCAGAUCUAUAAUUCCUGGCACAAGUUGUAUUCAAUCGUUUAGGGGUAAGAAAGAUGAUAGUAAUUCAAAUUCAUCAGCUUCUUUAUUUCAUCCUGUGCCUGUCAAGCCAAAUCCAGAUGACAUAAACAUAGGCGUUGAAUUGACUGGAGCUCUAAAGAAAACAGAUCUUUUGAAAAUAUUAAAUUCGUUCGCACAGAAGGCAGAGAUCAAGGAGCUAGCUCAGCAAUAUGGAUUAGAUAGUUACCUUCAGGGACAGGCUUUCACAAAUUUUAGGCAAUAUUGUUUAGAAACAGAGACAUUGCCUGUAGAUCUCCAUAUAGUAUUAAGUGAUAUUCUUCAAGAUGCUGGCAAUGUUACAGAUAUUUUUCCCUAUUUUUUACGCCAUGUUAAACAGAUGUUUCCACAUAUUGAUUGUUUGGAUGAUCUUAAAAAGAUUAGUGAUUUACGGAGUCCAGCUAAUUGGUAUCCUCUUGCAAGAGCAAAAAAUAGAAAAAUAAUCUUUCAUGCUGGACCAACAAACAGUGGAAAGACUUAUCAUGCCCUAGAAAGGUUUAUCAAUGCAAAAAGUGGAGUAUAUUGUGGACCAUUAAAGUUAUUAGUUGGGGAAGUAUUUCAGAAAUGUAAUCAGAAUGGAACACCAUGUGAUUUAUUAACUGGAGAAGAACGGACAUAUGCCAAGGGACUUGAUAAUCCAUCAAACCAUUUAUCAUGUUCUGUAGAGAUGGUGAAUUUACAAAGCAACUACGAAGUAGCUGUAAUUGACGAAAUUCAAUUAAUGCGCGAUCUUAACAGAGGCUGGGCAUGGACGAGAGCUCUCUUAGGAAUUCCUGCAGAUGAAAUACAUUUAUGUGGUGAAGCUGCUGCUAUAGAUUUGGUAAAAGCUAUAUGCCUCUCAACGGGCGAAGAUGUGGAAAUUCGCAGAUAUAAACGAUUAACACAGCUGGAAAUAGAGAAUCAGGCACUUGGUUCUCUAAAUAAUGUUCAACCAGGAGAUUGUAUUGUCUGUUUUAACAAGAACGAUAUAUUUACUGUUUCUCGUUCUCUUGAAAGCAGGGGAAUAGAGGUGGCGGUAAUAUAUGGCAGCUUACCACCUGGUACAAAACUGGCACAAGCUGCAAAAUUUAAUGAUCCUAAGAAUUCCUGCAAAGUUUUGGUAGCAACCAAUGCGAUCGGAAUGGGUUUGAACUUACACAUUCGAAGAAUUAUAUUUUACUCAUUGAUUCAACCAUCAAUCAAUGAAAAAGGUGAAAAGGAAAUGGAUGUAUUAUCUGUGUCUGCUACUUUACAAAUAGCAGGUCGCGCUGGACGUUAUGGCACAGCAUGGACUACGGGAUAUGUAACGACAUUCAAACAAGAAGAUUUGCGUACUUUAAAAGAUUUAUUAGAUCAAACGCCAGAAAUAAUAACGCAAGCAGGUCUUCAUCCAACGGCAGAUCAAAUUGAACUGUAUGCUUAUCAUUUACCAAACUCACCACUGUCCAAUCUCAUGGAUAUCUUCGUGUCAUUGAGUACAGUCGACAAUUCUCUUUAUUUCAUGUGUAAUUUGGAUGAUUUUAAAUUCUUAGCUGAUAUGAUACAGCAUGUUCCUCUGCCUCUCCGAGCGAGAUAUGUGUUCUGUUGUGCGCCGAUUAACAAAAAAUCACCAUAUGUAUGUGCUAUGUUUCUAAAGUUUGCACGUCAGUAUAGCAAAAAUGAUGCAAUAACAUUCAGUUGGUUAUGUCAACACAUAGGAUGGCCGUUUGCAAUACCAAAAACUAUUCUCGAUCUUGUUCAUCUAGAAGGUGUGUUUGACGUACUGGAUCUUUACUUAUGGCUAAGUUAUCGUUUCAUGGAUUUAUUUCCGGAUGCUAAAAUAGUCCGUGAUGUACAAAAAGAACUCGAUGCGCUGAUUGAAGCAGGCAUAGUUAAAUUAACAGUAUUGCUGACAAAUUCCGGUGCAAGUAGUGAUAGUUCAGAAAGUGAUAGCUUUGAAUUACAAACGCAGAAGCACAAUUUUUAUAGAGGUUAUCAAGCGACCGCUAAAUAUGGCUUGAAAAAGGGUAAAUUAACAGAAAGAUUAUUGGCAGAAGGACUCUUAACACCCCAAAUGUUACGUGAAUUGCAAUCUGAAUGGAUCAGGUCGACGCAAAAGAAAAAAUAAUGUAACUUUGUAUAGCAAAAAUAUUAAAAAAAAUUUACAUAUACAGGGUGUCC